GAGUAAAGCCUGGUGACUUCUGGGUUUGAAAGUACAAGAUAGUUGAAGUCGGAAAGGAAAAACGUGGCUGUAGUUUGGGGAUAUUAAAGCGCGAAUUGGCUGCGGGAGAGUUGAAGUUUCUGCACAAAUUUCCAAAUAAUUUUAAAAUGAAGAAAGGCAGAGGUCGAACUUACCGAAAGAGACACAGAAAACAAUCUACAGCUUUUUCUUCAAGUAAUGUAAAUUUGAGUUAUAAAAAUGAAUAUAUAAUUCUCAAGAAGUGGUUGAAAGAAAAAGGCUACAAGAAUAAUAAUUUAACUCCAGCAGUGUUUUCAGAAACAGGAAGGGGAUUGAUGACCACAAAAACACUUCAGGCUGAAGAAUUGAUUAUUUCUUUGCCUGAAAAGUGCUUGCUUACUUCCAAUACUGUGCUGAACAGUUACCUCAGAGAAUACAUUUUAAAAUGGAAGCCUCCAAUUUCUCCUGUGAUAGCAUUAUGUUCCUUUUUAAUAGCAGAGAAGUGGUUCCAUAGGAAAUCUGUGUGGAAACCAUACCUGGAUCUCUUACCUGAAACAUAUACCUGUCCUGUUUAUUUGGAACAAGAAACACUGAACCUUUUCCCUGAGCCCUUGAGAAGAAAGGCUCUCGAGCAACGAUCAUUGAUCCAGGACCUUUUUGCUUCUUCAAAGCGAUUUUUCUCUUCUUUGCAGCCUUUAUUUUCUGAAGAUGUGGAGAUUAUUUUUAACUUCAGUGCUUUCCAGUGGGCUUGGUGCACUAUAAAUACAAGAACAGUGUUUAUGAAACAUUCACAGAAAGACUGUUUUUCCAGAGAACCAGAUAUUUAUGCUCUAGCUCCAUUUCUGGAUCUGCUAAAUCACAAUCCAAAGGCCCAGGUGAAAGCUUCAUUUAAUGAAAAUACAAAAUGUUAUGAAAUAAAAUCACAUCUAGGCUAUCAGAAAUACAAAGAAGUAUAUAUUUCUUAUGGCCCUCAUGACAACCAGCGACUACUUCUAGAAUAUGGUUUUGUGGCUUCUGAUAAUCCCCACAGCUGUGUGCAUGUUAGUACAGAUACAUUGCUUAAAUAUGUUUAUUCAGAAGACAAACAGAAAUCUAUGAAACUUUUCAUUUUACGAGAGCACAAGUUGUUAGAUGAUCUGACAUUUGGCUGGGAUGGACCAUCUUGGACACUUCUUACAGCCCUUAAAUUGUUAUGUCUUGAAGCAGAUGAAUUUACUUUAUGGAAAAAAGUAGUGCUUGGAGAUGUUGCUUCAACGAAGAAUGAAGAAAAGAGUGUGGCUUUUGCAACAAAAAUAUGUAUGUCAUUGAUGGAAGAAACUCAGCAUGUACUUCAGAAGGUUUCAGUUUUAAAAAAUCAUUAUGAACAUCUUGUGAAUCAACUGGAUUUGGUGGAAGCAUUGCAUACAGAAAAUCUAAGAAUCCUGCAGCUUUCAUAUGAGAUUCUUCAGCAUUUAUCCUCCACAACCAUGUAAUUUUCCCAAAACAAAAUUGUGCUAGUCCCUGCAACAAUAAAACAACUUAAUAUUCAGCGUGAACAUUUUGUAAAAUAUAAACAGAAAAAACAAACAAACCAAGAAUGCAUAGAUCUUUAAAGUCCUUUAAGUAAGACUGCAUUAAUCAGAGAGAAAACGUUGGACCAAAACAUUUUAAAAAGGGCAAUAAUGAGGCCAAAAGGAUAUGUAGUCUAAAUGAUGAUUUA